AAAAAGUUCGUUGUUUGAUCAAUAACGGUCUGAGUCCUCACAGGCAGCCAGCCUCUCCUGAAAGUCCAAUUUAUAACCUUAUUCCUGUCUUUUUUCCAAGAUGAACAGAGUUAUUCUCCAGCUUAUUGCAGUCGGAGUCUGCUUUGCAGUCGGUCAAGCUCUGCAGUGCUACAAAUGCCAGAUUGGUUUGGGGGAACUCUGCAUAACCACUAAAACCACAUGUGACAGCGGAGAACAAUGCUUCAGUGGUGUUGGGAAAGCAGUCCGCUACAUGGAUAUCAAGAUGAAGGGCUGCUUAAAAGUGGCCGAGUGCAACCAGACCAAAGACGUGACCUUCCCCUCCAGCAGCUCCAACAGCACCACCCUCUACAGCAUGACCAAGACGUGCUGCGAUACCAACCUGUGUAACGCUGUGCCCGGUCUGCCCGGGACCUCCGGGGUGAGCCUGGCCCUCGCCACCAUCACUGCUCUGUUUGUGGCCAACAUCCUAGUUUGACAGAAAAUACAGUGGAUGACACAAAGUGCAUACACACAUAAAACACACACGCAUGGGUCUUGUGUUUACUAUCCUUGAGGUGUAUUGUGAGUUUUGAUUUCACACAAGUGUUUGUAUCAGUUAAAAUUUAAUUCCCUCUUCUGUUUUGUAUUUUUAGAUUGAUCAGUCAACUGUCCCAGUCCUCAUUUCACUAUAAGGGGUAUUAAAAUGUUAGUUGACAAUUUAAGUCUAAAACAAGCGUGUAACACUGACAUCAAAGAUGAUUUAAGAUGUCCACCACAUGCUUAAAGUGCCCUGCAAUAAACUUUCUCCACUUGAAUGAAUAGUAUGAAGUUUAGGUACAAUGCUAUGAGUGUCAAUAGCUGAAUCACAUCAGGUCAGUUACUGCCAUUUCAGCUUAAAGGUGUAGUGCAACAUUCUGGGAAAUGCGCUUAUUUGCUUUUUUUUUUUUUUUUUGCUGCCAAGAGUUGGAUUAGAAGAUCGAUUCCUCUCUGUCCAUUAAAUCUGAAGUUACAUCUAGCAGCCAGUUAGCUUAGCUUAGCAUAAAGACUGGAAAAAGCUAGCCUGGCUGUGUCCGAAGGGGAAAAAAUUUGCCUACUAGAACCUCUAAAGCUCACUAAUUAACACGUAUCUCAUUUUUUAAAUCCAUAAGUAAUCCUUGUAAAAGUUGUGUUUUUUUACACACACUUCACUUAAUUUGUGAGCUUGGUUGUAGUAAGUGUAUUCUUUGACCAUUUGACAUAGCCAGGUUAGCUGUUUCCAGUCUUUAUGCUAAGCUAACCAUCUCCUAGCUUUAGCUUUUACUGUACACACAUGAAAGUGUUCUUAUCUAACUCUAUGCAAAAAGGGGAAUAAGCAUAUUUCUCAAAAUGUUGAACUAUUCCUUUAAUUUAUUGCCUUUGACCUGCUGUUUUGUCAUUUUAGAGUCACAAUAUUCAAAUGCCAAUAUAUAGAUUUCAAAGCAUUUCUCUUUCCUUUCAUUCAUUGCCAUUUCCUUUGUGUUCACUAUAUAAACGUGUUGCUAACACAAUGUAAAUUGUCUCUUGGCUUAUGUAUGGUACUGUCUGUGAAAAUAAUAAUUUUUCUUUUGCUGGUUUUUGCUUUUUUUGACACAAAUAACUCCAUCAAUUCUGUGUUUAACCUGUUUUAUUUUUUAUAUUUGUGUCAAAUCCACACUGCAAAUUACUCAAAAUGUGGAGUAAAAGCUUUUGCUUAUCUUGCUAGUUUUAAAUGUGUGUGUGCGUGUAUGUAUGGGUGUAUAUAUAUAUAUAUAUAAAUAUAUAUGGGAAGAACAUGAUUAAAUUGAUAAUUUGAGAUAUUGAAUUAAAAUUGAGAUUGUAGCAAUUUGAAAUAUGUCAGGGCUGAUCUUUAGAUAUUCAACACAAAUCAUUAAAGAUGAGUUACACAUUCCUGAAACCAACACUUUUGGCAUUGUUUUCCAAAAAAAAGAAAUGUGUAGGCCUGUCUGAAUGUUUUUGUGAAACUGGUUAUGUAGACAAUUUGAAGAAUGUAAUAAAUAUCCAAAUUAGGGGAAAA